AUGGUGGGAUCUGCAGAGGUUCUUGGUGCCUGUAGGAGGAGCUGCAAGGGUUCUUCCUUAUUUUUGCACUACCAAUGGGUACGCUUUUUGGAAGAUGGGUCUGUGAAUUACAUAGUUGGUCCAGUAGAGCUUGCUGCCGUAGGAGUUUCCAUUGCUGUAUUUAAUCAAGUAUCAAGGGUUGCUAUCUUCCCACUUGUUAGUGUUACAACAUCAUUUGUUGCAGAGAAAGAUGCUGCCUGUAAGAUGAUGAGCACUGAAGAACGAGGAAAUGAAAAUCUGGAAGAGGCUUUACCUUUAAGCAGUGAAAUGAAAAGCUUGCCUUCACAUCUUGAUUCUGGCAAGGAUGAGUACCACCCAUUCAUUGCUUUUGAAAAUCAAAAUAUGGCAGAAAGCAGGUAUGAGAGAAGGUAUAUACCGUCGGUGUCUUCAGCACUGGUUAUCGGUGGAGUGCUUGGCGUUCUACAAGCUGUUCUCCUCAUUUUUGCUGCAAAGCCUGUCUUAAACUUCAUGGACGUACAGUCAGAUUUUAAUCAAUUGUGCCUAAAUUUAGGCCUACAAACUAGCACUUCAGCCUUUUGACGCUACUUGCACCGGGAGUACCUUAUAGAGGAUUUUUUGAAAAAAUUAUUUAAGAAUAUUUUCAAUUUAU